AUGUUGCACGGAGAUGUUGGCAAGAUGAAUUAUGUGCAUUGUAGAAGAGGAAUGUUACUAGCAUGGGGAACCAUGAUUUCGAAUGAGUACAAUAUAGACGAAUAUAUUAACAAGGGAAAAGGAAAAAGUAUUGUGUGUAGAAGGAACAGGGAAUGGAAACGAGAUUUUUCCUGUGCACGGAAAAAUUCUCCUCUUACCACCAAGGGCACAGCAUCACAUCAACAAACCGUUGACACUGACCUUCCAGUACUAGACACCACGACAUGGCCAAACGCCGUACCUGCCCACAACACAUGUAACAAAGCAACAACCCAGCUUUAG